CCAUGCCUUCUUCCACGUCCCAUCCCUCGCUCUUUUGCUCUGCUUUACCAUCACUCGUUUUAUCCAAAUUCCAUACCCACUUUGGGAAGGCAUCAACUCCCCUCUUAACUCCUCCUCUGCCUUCCCAGUGAGGAAGAAGGGAGACAUGGAAGAAGCGAAGCAGAGAGCAGCAACAGCAGUAGCAGAGGAGGAGGAGGAGGAGGAGGAGGAGGCAAGCGUGAGCCUCAAGGACCUCUCCAGGAAGUUCGACGAGUUUGCCAGGGAGAGGGACUGGGAACAGUACCACAACCCCAGAAAUCUGCUCCUCGCCAUGGUACGCUACUCUCGUAAGGAGCAGGUGGGCAAGGAGCUUUUCGACGUCCUGCUCUACCUGAUAAGGCUUUCCGAUGCUUGUGGGAUUGACCUCGGAGAUGCAGCCAGGAAGAAGAUCGUGAAGAUCACGACUAGCUUUUGGGUUGAAAGAUUCAGGAGGAGUGGGCAUCUCUAUGCUUACAAGCACCGACCUAUGAUGCAUAGGCCAAAAAGGCAGGAGGGGGCAUCACUAAUUCACUAUGCUUACAAUGAUGAUAAAUCUAAUCAAUCUCAUUGA